ACCUAGUAAUAUUCUAAAAUAAAGUACUAAACAAAAAAUCAGCCGAGAAAAAGAGUGGGAACAGCAGUGAAAGAAAGCAUCUAAAAACAGCAAAGUUUCAGAUUCCUAGACGCCGGAAAAACAUGGAUGGCCGGAAAUCAGUGGCGGUUUCAGCCCUCCAGUUCGCUUGCUCCGAUGAUAUCGCCACCAACGUUGACACCGCCGAACGGCUGGUGAGAUCUGCUCAUGAGAAGGGUGCUAAUAUCAUCCUUAUCCAGGAACUAUUUGAGGGCUACUAUUUCUGUCAAGCACAAAGAGAGGACUUCAUUCAGCGGGCUAAACCUUACAAGGAUCAUCCCACAAUUUUGAGGAUGCGGCGACUUGCAAAGGAAUUGGGGGUUGUUAUACCAGUCAGUUUCUUUGAGGAGGCAAAUAAUGCACAUUUCAAUACAAUAGCCAUAAUCGAUGCCGAUGGGACUGAUCUUGGAAUAUAUAGAAAAUCUCAUAUCCCUGAUGGACCUGGGUAUGAAGAAAAGUUUUACUUUAAUCCAGGUGACACUGGCUUCAAGGUGUUUCAAACUAAGUUUGCGAAGAUUGGUGUGGCCAUAUGCUGGGAUCAGUGGUUUCCAGAAGCAGCCAGAGCCAUGGUUCUUCAAGGUGCAGAAAUAUUGUUUUACCCGACUGCUAUUGGUUCUGAACCUCAAGACGAAGGUCUUGAUUCGCGAGACCAUUGGAAGCGAGUCAUGCAAGGGCAUGCUGGAGCCAAUUUGGUACCUCUUGUAGCAUCAAAUCGCAUCGGCAAGGAAGUGAUUCAGACAGAACAUGGAAAGAGUGCAAUUACAUUUUAUGGCAACUCCUUUAUAGCAGGACCUACGGGAGAAAUUGUUGCAGUUGCUGAUGACAAAAGUGAAGCAGUGCUUGUGGCACAGUUUAAUCUGGAUGAAAUUAAAUCUAAGAGACAUAGCUGGGGAAUAUUUCGAGAUCGACGGCCAGAUCUAUACAAGGUGCUUUUGACGUUAGAUGGCAGCAUCCGUUCAUAAUUACCUGUUCAAGUAAUCUAUCAAUCUUUUCAAUAACAAUGCCAUCAUGUUCUGUUUAACUUUACUAGGAAACCAUGAACAUGAAUUCCUUUCAUAAUAAUAUCCAAGUUAUCUGAGUUUCAAAUA